AUGACAAAUGAUGUGGACAGUGACAAGGAUAAGAUGGAGUUUGGCGCAGCCCCGCCACCACCUUCACCAUUGUAUAGUGCUAUGGGUGUAGUGGAUAUUAAUCAUGGAUUGGAACACCGUAACUCUGUACAGAGUUUCAAUACAACGACAGAUGACGAGGAGGACGAGAAUGAGGAGUUGGACUCUGAGAGCGAGUAUAGCUCCGACGACGAGAGCUAUCUGACAAACUCUUCGAUAAUGUCAUCGUCAACCAGUCAACUGCCAUCAGAGAUAACGCCAUCGGCUUCAAUGACCUUCCUGCAUACGACCACGUCGAUGGGCCUGACGGGCGGCGGCCUCGGCAGCGACGACUCGAGCUCAUCGCUGGCCAGUUGCAGCAGUCGCAUCAUCAGCCCAUCCAACAGCAUCAGAAACAGCUUCAGUAACAGCGAGGCAUUGUCCUCCUCAUCGAGUCUGUCGCCAGAGCGACACAAGAGGAACUCAAUGAUCGAUCUGAACUCAAUGUCACCGAGCAGCAGCAAGAAGGAGGAGAAGAGGAGGAAGAAGGAGGAGAAGGCCCGCGAGAAGUCAAAGAAGAAGGAGAAGCACGCCUCUCCCACCAAGCAAUCAAUCUCUCCAUCAUCCACAGUCACACCAAACAACCAGAAGCUGCGUACCAGUCUCUCGUCGGCACUCUUCAAUCACAAGAGUGGCAGUGGUGGCGAGAGUCAGGAGACACAGUCCAGAUCACCUCCAACACCUGUAAAUAAUACAACAUGUAAUAAUAACAAUGUCAACAACACAAACAACAACAAUGCAUUGGCCGCCAGCACAGAGAAGAAGAAGACAAUGUCAUUCUUUAGAAAGUCUCCAAGCAGUCAUGGUCUUAGUGAGGAUGCACAGACUGGAAAUGGCUUCACGAGCAGCAGCGCGUAUCAAUCACGCACCAACAAUAGCCAGCCAAUCGACACGACCACCAACAGCCCUCACCUCUCAACAUCACCGACGACCUAUGACAAGUAUCUGACCAGCUACCACUCGCCCAAAAAGAAGACGUCCACCAUCGAGAAAAUCUUUGGUGGCGGCAAGAAGAAGGACGAGAGGCGUCUUGGCGCAUCCAGCGAGCUUCAGCCACAGGCAGCGCAGUCACAGCAACAGGGCGAGUCAAGGAGUGGCGGCGCCACCCCCGACCUCAAGUCAUCGAGCUCAUCCAUAAACAAGAUCAGGAUGUCAGUGUCCGAGAACGACCUGCUCAAUCCGGGCGAGAUGACGCUGGAGGAGCAAGCCAGACUUGCAAACGACCUGGCAAAUCUGGCCGGCCUCAGGACUGUUGUAACCACUAGCUCUGAAGCCACAUCGCUCGUGGCAUCAAUGCCUCUCCCAUCAAUCAGAGAGGAUGAUCCAGCGAUGAACCCAUUGGAGAAGGCCAACUCUGAGCCCAUGAUAACGAUAUCACCUCCACUUGAAGGCGACGGCCAACACCAUCAUCUCCCGCCUCACCGAGCAACACCCGACCGACAGCUCAUGAGGAGGAAGACCAUUGAAGAGCUCAAGUUUGACACAACCCUCAAAGAGUUGGUGGCCUCUAAAGGACAGGAGUUGAAGAGAUAUAAACAAUUCAUUGGAACUAGACCAGCGUACAAGACCAAGUUGUUCCAGAGUGAGGAGGAGACUCCACAACACUCGACGUUGGUGUCAAGACAGAGUUCGAUCGAGGAUAUGAAGAAUGGCAAUGUAAACAUAGAUUGUAGCACUGGAUGGACACGCGAGUGUGACAUCCCGGCCAACCUCAUCAGACAGAGGCCGGCUGGCAGCAGCCAACACCUCCUGGAGGAGAGUGACAAUGAGAUACAUCACUAUGAUACCUCAUUCCUCGAUUUCAAGCACAAGAACUUCCUCUCUGUUGACCAACUCAAUGGAGGCCCCAUCGGUCCUGUUAUAAUCAGUAUUCGAAAGGUGGCAGAGAAGUUCAAGCAGAAGAAGAAGAGACAUGAUAAGCCUGGAGAAGGCGCACCGCCAAUGAUGGCGCAGGAGAGAAGGUUCAAGGUCCUGGUCAGAACACAAGAGGGCGAGGACAGGUUCUAUCUGUCGUCGGGCAAGGCCACACCCCAGGAGUUGAUGCACACCGUUCAAUCCAUUUGCCAGCCCAUCAGCGCACUGACAUUCAAGGUGAUCAAGUCAAACGAUGUCAAGAAGCAGCUCUCCAACUGGGAGGACAAGUUGAUCACAAAGGACUACACGUUUGGACUGCUCUAUCGCAAGAAAGACCAGCUCACAGAGUCCGAGAUGUUCUCCAACCAGAUCCAGGACGCCAGCGAAGAGUACAAUGAGUUCCUUGAGUUCAUUGGCAAGAAGAUUGAGCUCAAAGAUUGGCCACACUACAAGGGUAACCUUGACAUUGUCAACAACUCAACUGGCAUCCAUUCAGUGUAUACUACCAAACAUUUUAACAUUGAUGACAAUAUAUUCAAGUUCCAGAUCAUGUUCCACGUGUCGACACUACUUCCAUUCAGAGCUCACGAUGAGCAACAACUAGAGAGAAAGAGACAUGUUGGCAAUGAUGUCGUUGUGUUGAUCUUCCAAGACAUUGGUUGUGCCCCAUUUGUACCAUCCACCAUCCGCUCAGAGUUUAACCAUGUAUUCAUUGUUGUACAACCUCAGCCCAAACAGUCUCCCCUUGACCCGACUCAAUAUAUAAUAUCAGUGACCUCAAAGGAUGGCGUUGGACAGUUUGGUCCGUCAUUCUCUCCGAACAAGGUCUGGAAAAAGGACAUCAACUUAUUAGAUAGUCUAAUUGCCAAGAUGAUAAAUGGAGCAAAGGCAGCACUAUACGCGAAUGCAUUCAGUGAGAAACUGAAGAAGACAAGGCUGGCCUUCCUCAAGGCUAUCAUAAGCAAGAUUGACCAAUGA